GCAGCGCCCGGCGCGCUCCCAGCAUGGCGGCGGUGCGGGCGCUGUGGGUGGCGGCGCGGCGGAGGCCGCAGCUCGGCCCUGUGGGGCUCAGGGCGUUCUGGGGCGGCCGCAGCAGGAAGGAGGAGGGAGAAGUGGAAGCAGACCGAGCAGUUCCUGAGAAGGAGGAGAGCAGCGAGCCCAGCCUGAUCCAGCCCCCGCCACUCCGCCGGAGCUACGUCCCUCCUGAGGACCUGCAGAGCUGCCUCGAGGGCCACGUCAGGGAGGUCUUUGGGCCCUCUGUUCCCGACGACUGGCAGCAGGCUCCCCUGCAGGAGAACAGGCUGAAGUAUCGCCUGCUGGCCCGGCUGGCGGCAGAGCUGGGGCACGCUGUCCCCAACUCGCAGCUGCAUCGCAUGUGCUGCGCCGGGGAUGUGCUGGGCUUCUACUGCACCCCCAUGAAAGACGGCACCAAGAUCGAUGAACUCGCGGCCGCAGAGCUGCCCCCGAACCUGAAAAUCAUCUGGCAGCAGUGAGUCCCCCCACAGAGCAUUCCUGUGCCUGUAGGGCAGCAGGAAAGCCCCCUGGUUGGGGUGAAAUCUGUGACUUUCAGUAAUAGAAGUUCAUUGAAAUCACUCAGUAAUGGCGGAGAGCCCUAUAAAAUCAGCUGCUAUUGAGGCAUCUUGUUGAAUUCUCCAAUGCUUGUUAAGGGCCCCAUUUUUUAAGUUCUUUGGGUGUUAGUUGUUCUUCCCAUCUAAUUGAUGAGGCAGGUCUGCUUUUAAUUGGAGGAGGCAAGCAGUGAAGUCAGGAGGACAAGAAAAUAAACAGUCUGAGAAAUGCAUGGUACUUCAUGAGUGUUUUCUAUGAAACAAGUUGUUUCCAGUGAGGUUAAAAGUCUAUGUGAUCUUUCUGGGAAUAAUCAGAAAUGUCCUGGUUGUACUGCUCCAGGCUCCCCUAGUUUCUUUCAGCCUGCAGAUGCAUGAAGCACACUCAGGCACUGCUGCUUUUGUGUAUUUACAGUACUCAGUUAUCUUAACUGAGCAAACGUCUCAAGUGCUGCUUUUUUCUCAAAAGCUCUGAAGAAAUUUAGGAAAUGCUUUCUUUCUCCUUUUGACUAUUGGAGAAUGACAGAAUAGUCUAAGUGUACACACCUACAUGUUCCACUACGGGAUGAACUGGGGUGAGUGCACUGGGGAUGUUUCACUGAUCACUAUGGAAGGCUGAAUGUUCAUAAAUCCCUCCUCUGUAGCUUAUGGGAAACCACAGUGUGACAAAUGGCUAACUCAUCUUGUUGGCUUCAGAGGCUGUUUAGGAGCAGUGAAUUGGAAGUUACUUUUUCAUGAAAUUAUGUCCUUCCAUCAAAGUCAGUGAUACCUGUGCCUCCUUGUUUCAUCUUUAACGUUCACUAUCUGGGAAAACACUUCAGUUGUAGUUGCACUUUGUGCUCAUUCCCCUUUUUGUGUCUCUCCAAGGACGUAACUUUGAUAGCUCAUGUAAUGUGAUCAGAACAAAGUGAAAAACAGGACUGGGAAUUGUGACAGGCAAGAAAUGAGCUGGACAGCAGCUUGUCUUGUGUUUUGCUGUGUCUGAGUUCAGUCAAACUGCCAUUUCCCUGAUCCCAGACGUACCAGUCUCUUGGAGGUGCAGACCUCAUGCUUCCUUCAGCACAGGAAGCUGCAGGACUGGAGUACAAGGGGAGAGAUCAAACACAUGGGUGUUUGAGAUGCAAAACAUUUAACUGCUUGUAAUAAGCUGAAAAAGCAGAAAUCUGAAAUGACAUUGAAGUCCUGUGCCAUGGAAGGGCAAGAUUUUUAGAUGCUUAAUCACUUUAUCCCUGGGCUUUUAAAAGUUUGUCACUUCAGUUGAAUUUAAUUACAAAUAAAUAAAUUAAUAAAUAGAA